UAGAAAAUCCUAACCCAAAUACCCUUCACCCCAGCGCCGUUUCCCCCUUUCACUGAUCAGCUUCAUUUUUCCUCACACACAGCAAAGAGAGAGUGAGACCCGAAAGAGAGAGAACGAGAUGAACGGAAGAGAAAGGGAGACCCAGAGGAGGUGCCGCUGGGCCAGAGUUGCCGCUGGGAGGGUCCUCGCCGCUGCCGCUAUAGCCACGCAGCCGCUGUCUGGUUGUCAUCGUCGUCGCGCUCGCCAGAAACGAGGCAGAGAGCAGCGCCGAGAGGAAGCCUGUCAACCCCAUCGCCGCCGUCAUGCUCGCAAGUAUAGAGGAAGCCCGUUGCUGCCAGCUUUGUCGGAUCUCUGUCAUCGAACCCGUCCUUCGCGCCGCCAUUGGAGUCGCGAAUGGAGGAGGGAGAAGAGGCACGAAAGGGAGCGUCACGGUGUUGCCGUGGUCGUCGAGUGGCUGGGCUUGCCAUCGUCGCGUUUGAAGGGAGGCGUCACUGAUAUACCCGACAGCAGCUUCCCCUGCGUUCCCAAUUCCAUUUUUGAAACUUAUUAUCAUCUUUAUCCGGAACCACUGAUGUCACCGCUACGGAGAUGAUUGGGAUAGGCGCGAUUGUCAUUGUUGUUGCUGCCCCAGAAGAAGUGAGGCUGCUGCUGCUGUUCCGGCCGCAUUGGCUGUUGUAAACUGGAAAAAAGAAGGGCAUCAUUGCGUUUAAAUUUGACGGUUUUGACUAAUUGAGGAUAAUUUUUUUGGACUCGUAAAGACAAAAGGAGUUGACUAGUUGUUGUGGCACCCUGUAUAAGAUGGGAUGGGUCUUAUAAUGAGUUUGGUUAUCUAAAUGUAUUAUUUUGAUGUGUUGUUUACUUUUUGAUAAGAUAUUUUAUCCGAUAUUAUAUGUAAUGGAUAAAUUACACUGUAUUUUGAUUAGUGUUGUAAUGAAUAUCUAAUUUUUAAUGAAACUUUUAUGAUUUGGAUU